AUGUCUGAUGUCGACGAAAAACAGCCCCAGGACCUGAAGGAGCCAAGCAUCGGCCCUGAAAACAGACAAAGCAUGGUCUCUGAUGUUCCCCAGUCUUUCGAUGGUCUUCCUCCUUUGAAAUCCUACGACACCGCCUACCCGCCACUUAAUCAAUACUCCAGCCAAAAGUCACUCCAACCGUUAGGCCACAGAAAACAUUCAGCAUGGCUGGCCUCCGCUACCCCAGUGUCUCAACAAGUGUCCCAUCCAGUACAAGCACCCACUCCAGGAGGACCAGGCCCUCUAGGCCACGUUAUGUACGGAGCUCCUGCUCUUCCGUACGGUGCUUAUAAUUAUAAUUCCGGUAAUCCAGGUUAUGCCACUCCUGGUUUCCCAGACAUGCCCCACCAACCCCAUUCCAAUGUCCACACCAACGCUAAUACUAAUACAAAUGGCAAUGCCAAUGGCGGUGAAACUAAUGCCGUUCCUCCACCCGGUGGCCCAGAAAAGGCUCGUCUUAGAGUCAACAAAGCCUGUGAUCGUUGCCGUACACACAAGGUCAAAUGCAGCGGAUCACAGCCAUGUACCAACUGCGUGAAACACAGCGUCGAAUGUGUUUUCAGAACCGCAGGCCAACCAGCCACUAACAACUUGGCCGGUGUCUCAACAUCCUCCGCUGCAAGCCAUGACGGACUUGCUCCAGCUAGUGAAAUGUCUAUUCCUGACUACCUGGCGCCUCCUAGAAAGAAGCUGAGAUCUGCGUUCUCACCAGAUCCGUUUCCUAAUCACAGUGAAAAACACGCUAAUGCACCAUCAACGCCUAAUUACCACUCUCAUGCGUUGCCUGUGGUGCAGAAAAACUACUCCGACCCAUCAUACACAGCUUACUUAGAGAAUCGAGUGCACUACCUCGAGAACUUACUCUCUGACCACCUGAAUGGGCAUAUCAAGAACGUUGGUAGAAUCAACCCAGAUACCUCGGAUGUGGCAGACUUGAUGCGUCAUACAGCGUCCAAGUGGAGGUCAAGCAGAAGACAUCAAAACGCUUUGGUCAUUGAAUUGUGCAAGGCAUUGUACGAAGGUCUUGAUCCCGAUGCAAAACUGAAGGUGACUGUCCCACGUACUCAGUAUUUUGGCUGGAACUUAUCCGGAUGCAACUACCUCAAGCCCGAGCCAUUGCCGCAAUUACCAGACAUUAAACUUCUCAAUGAAGCGACAAAAACGCACUAUGUUGAUUUCUUCUUCCGUGAAAUUAACCCACUUUAUGCCAUUCUACACGAAACUGUGUUUAGAGAGCAGAUUGUGGCUUUCAACAAACAGACUAAUUCAGGAGCUCCACCAACGUUACAGCUCUCUUUCAAGCCAUGCUUUGCUUGGUGUAUGCUUUGA